AUGGAGAAUCGAGCUCUAAAUCUCCUAGACGAAGCCCUAGGCCUCGACCACCAGACUGACCCAUGGCCUCUUUGCGGCAAAGUGGUUCUAGUUGAAGACUGCGUAGAAACCAGCGGCUGUUUUGUGCUUCACCAACUCUUAAAGCGCACGCUCUCUCCCCAAUCUCCAAACAAUACAAUCAUCUUCCUUGCCUUCUCUCACUCCUUCUCCCACUACGAUCGCAUUGUACGGAAACUGGGUUGCAAUUUGGUAGCACAAAGAGAAAAUGGCAGAUUCUUUUUCUUUGAUAUGCUUAAGCAGCUGUGUCCAGAUGAGAAGGAAGGAAAAACUGGCAAAGGUGGAUUUCCUGCGUUGUACAGGAAAAUGCAGAAAACAAUAGGUGCCUUGCCUGAAAACAACCAGAACCAUGCUACCAUAAUGAUAGAUGACAUGUCUCUCAUGGAGGUGGCUGCUCACGGUUCUUUAGAGCAUGUCUUAGACUUCAUGCAUUAUUGUCACACUUUAACGUCAGAGUUUGGUUGUUCCUUGAUAACGCUUAAUCAUGAGGAUAUAUACUCAAGCAUGGAGAGGCCUACAUUUAUGUUACAGAUGGAGUACCUUACGGAUGUUUUGAUAAAGGUGGAACCUUUGGCGACUGGGUUGGCAGCUGAUGUACAUGGUCAGUUGACAGUUUUGAACAGGGGAAUUUGCAAAGUGAAGGGGAGCUCAAAGAACAAGAUAAGCAAUUUCCACUUCAAGGUUAAGGAAAAUGGUGUUGACUACUUCUAUCCUGGUACUCGAACCUGA